UGUGGAUCGGUGCGAACAAUCAUAACGUUGACAAAUCCGAAGGCGGUUUCACAGAGGACCUCUCAAGGAUACCACUGGAAAAUCGUGAGAACUUGGAAACAGAAGUAGUCGGGGCAAAUAAAGCUGAGAGACAUGGACGCGUGUUUCAAUGCUUUCGAUAAGGACGGCGACGGAUUUCUAUCAAUUUCCGAAUUUGAUCUUAUAUGUCGCGCGUUGUUUCGAAACGACCGCGGAAAGAUCUAUGGGUUUGAGGAAGAUCAACUACGCGAAGUAUACUCGAUCUUUGAUAUAAAAAAUGAUGGAAUAAUCGAUAGGGAAGAGUUCGAGAUCUGUUGGAAUCAAUGGAUCAAAGUAUGCACGCGUCCCAAAAGUGCCUUUUUAAUUGUAGACGUGCAGAAUGAUUUUAUAACAGGUUCUCUCAACAUAAAACACUGCGCCGCGCAACAUGACGGUUCAGAAGUGAUCGAGCCGAUCAAUCGAUUGCUGGAAACUGUGUCGUUCGAAGCUGUGUUUUAUUCUCUGGAUUGGCAUCCCGUAGAUCAUGUAUCCUUCAUUGAUAACUUACAUCUUAGAGAAGUUGACAGCAGUAGUGGCAUAUCAAAAGAAGCCGCGCGGGUAUACGACACCGUCACGUUCCGGGGACCGCCGUUGUUGAAGCAACGACUCUGGCCUCGUCAUUGCGUGCAGGAUUCAUGGGGUGCCGAGCUGCACAAAGAUCUCAAGAUCGUCGACAAUGCGAUCAAGAUCUACAAGGGUACAAAUCCGGAAGUGGAUUCAUAUUCAGUGUUUUGGGACAACAAGAAACUGACGGAGACAACGUUGUCGUCACAAUUGCAGAAGAAAGGAGCAACCGAUAUUUACAUCUGCGGAUUGGCUUACGAUGUUUGCGUCGGUGCCACCGCAGUGGACGCUCUUACCAGUGGAUAUCGUACUAUUCUGAUUGACGAUUGCAGCCGUGGCGUGGAUCUCGUUGAUAUCGAAAAGACAAAGGCCGCUGUGAUAGCAAGUAACGGUGUGAUAAUAAACUCCAGUCAAGUGAAAGCGAUGGUGGAAGGAAGAGAUCGACGACCGGAACUAGGCUACAAGCUCGCAUUAGAGAUCAAGCAUAAAUUAAAUCUCGAUGAGGAAUAAUCAGUAAUAUUAUAUAAAUUUAGAUGCUUUAUGUACAAUAAAUUAUAAUAUGUCAAA